AGCAGAUUCAACAGCUGUGGAAAGUGUAAAAGAACCAAGUAUUGGAUCUUCUUCAGAGCCAACAAAUGCAGAACCAUUAAAAUCAGUGCAAAAUGAGCUGGAAGCAGAUGUCAUUAAGUUGGAAGAAAACAAGGCCAGUCUGAAACAGAAAGCUGUGAUCAGAAAGAAAAAGGUUGUAGCCAAGGGUUCAGCUGUCGCAGCAAAGCCCAAGGGUAAAGUAUUGGUGAAGAAGAAAGUCAGCAAACCAAAUGCUCCUGUUGCCCUUAUUGAUCUGACAGAUGAAAUACCUAAAGAGAGCCUACAGACAGUCAUGGAGGGGAAAGAACGUGAAGAUGAGGAUGAAAAACAGUCACAACACCAAGUCCUUGUCCAACCAUUACACAACUUAUCAGAUCUGAAAGAGGAAAAACUGAAUGCAUUGUUGAAGAAGACUGGGUCAGUUGAAGUGACAUUUCUGGGACACAGAUAUGAAGAAAAGAAAGGGUUUAUAAAGUUACAGCUGAACAAAACAGAUUUUGACAAUGUUAUCACAACAUCCAUGGUUGAGCUGUCUAAUGAUAGAGCUCUGAGUGCUGAACAAAUGCCAGAGAUUGUGCCAGGUGUGCAGAACCCUGUGCUACAAAAGAUGACAGAAGAGGCUACAGGUGAGGAAUUGGAGUUGGCGUCGGUGUUUGUUAACAACAUUCCCUCAGAUACACGCCCAGGUAUUAUGAAGAUGCUGUUCCCGGCGGCAAGGAAUAUUCAGUUUCCAACACUUAAAGAUGGAAAAUCACAAGGAUAUGCAAUAUUGGAAGUGUCCAAAAAGUUUGCUGACGCUUUCGUGAAGCACCAUGAAGUAUACAGGCCUGUGAUUGGAGGCAAAGUUCUCAAACUGCACGUCAUUAGUAACCAGGGUCAGAAACCAGACACAGAUGAGGUCAUUGAAAAUUGGCGAUGAAGAUGAUGUUGUGCUAAUUGAUAUUAAAACCCAGGAAAAGCCCGCAAUCUGACAAAGGCAAUGUAGACACAGAAAACCCUUCUGCAAGUAAAGCAAAGCCUUACAUUGAAAA